AUGGAAAGUUUGAACAGCCUUUAUGAGUGGCGUCACCCAUUAUAUCGAACUAAUUAACUAUAGCCUUCGCAUUAUUCAAAAGCUUCCCUUUAUAUAUUGUAAACGAUCAUGCAUACCUAUACUGUUUAUCAGCUAGGUUGCUUUGUAUCGUAUAUGUUUCUGUAAGAACUAGGCACCUAGUGAUCAAAAUGAAGCUGUUUCUGUCAACUUGUGCAUUUAUGUUGGGAGUAGUUAAGAUCGAUGGAAGAUGCGCGAAUAUUUUAAGCGACGAAGAGCAAGCUUGUGCGAAGCCGUUAAAGUUAGAUGCUACUUCCGUUCUGGAAUUUUACCAAUCGCGCUCUGACAGUACCAUAUUUUCAGAGUAUAUAAACUGUGUUUGGGUAAAAUGGAAUUUUAUAAAUGAAAAUGGAGAAAUUUUAUUCAAAAACAUAAUGACGGCCAACGGUUUGCCGUGGAAAAUUUCUCGAAUUUGUGAAGAUGUUGGUCAAUUAAUAGAGAAGGCGGAGAAGGAGUUUAAGAAUUCGGUAAAGUACUGUGCAAAAAAUCCACCCGUUCCUGCUACCGCUAUUAGUGUAAUGCGAUGCAUCGAUAAAAACUACAAACCCACACCAGUUGAAGAUUCUCUGAAGAAUUAAUCGUUACAUACGUUCCUAUGGGGUCAAAAUAUUUAGCAAUUAAGAAAGGUGCGAUUGUUUGUACAAGUAUUUGUUUGCGGUUUAGCUUAUCAGUGUCAAAGGCAUUCCUUUUUUAUCGAUUAAUUAAAGCCGCUGAUCAUUU